AUGAGCAAGUCUGCGGUAUCACGUCCACGUGUGUAUGUACGCAUUCGUCCAUUAAAUGAUCGUGAAAAACGUGAAAGUAACGGUGAACUUGUCUGCCGUGGUGAUCCCCGCUUACCAGACACCCUCUUUCUUAAAAAAGAUGACGACACACCGGAACUCCAAACCCGAUUUGAUCAUGUCUUUGACCGUGAGGCCACUCAAACUACAGUCUUUGAUACGAUUGGACCUGAAGUGUUGGAUACUCUCUUCAGUGGAUAUAAUGCCUCUGUCUUUGCGUAUGGGCAAACCGGCAGUGGUAAGACUUUCACAAUGGAGGGAAAUCGUGGAAAGGAGGAUUUGUAUGGAAUUACACCACGACUUAUUCGAGCGGUGUUUGAACGGUUUGAGGCUAAUAAAGAUAUUACAGAUGCCGUCUGUGAAGUGAGUUUGGUACAGAUUUAUCAAGAGAAAAUUCAAGACUUAUUGGCAGGUCAAAAACAAUUAGAUAUACAUAUGGAUCGUACUGGACAAUAUGUAGCUCGGGAUGCCACCUGGGCACGUGUACGGAGUUUAGAAGAAAGUAUGAAAAUGUAUACGAAAGCCUCUGAGAUGCGAGCGACUUCAGCAACGGAGAUGAAUCUUGUCUCUUCACGAAGUCAUAUGAUUACAAUGUUAAAACUUCAAUGGGAUGAACCUUCACUUCCGGGUUCACGUGCACAAUUAAAUCUUGUGGAUCUUGCGGGAUCUGAACGAUUGGCACAGUCUGGUGUUACUGGUGGUCAUAUGUGGGAAGCUAUUCAUAUUAAUAAAUCCCUUAGUGCACUUGGAAAUGUCGUUUCAAAACUUGUUGAACAGGCAAAGCAUAAAGGUCGUCGUAUUCAUAUUCCAUAUAAAGACAGUAAACUUACAUAUCUUCUACAAUCCAGUUUGGGAGGAUCUAAUCUUAUUCACUUUAUAUUGGCUGUCUCUUGUAGUGUUCUCUGGAGAGGUGAGACGAAUUCUACGAUUGAGUUUGGUAAACGAGCUCUACAAUUGGUAUUACGUCCAGUUCGAAAUGCUAUUGAUUAUACACGUUUGGCGGAAAUGGAAGAAAUGAUUGAACGUAUGCGUUCUCAUAUUGCCAGUUUAGAACAAGAAUUACGUGAUAAACGAAAUAAUGAAGCGGCUGAAUUCUUAAAACUUAAACAAAUUCCACAAGAUGGAGAUGAAUCUCAUACACACUAUAAUCAACGUCGAAAUAAAAGUAGACAAAAGAAGAAACUUAAGGUACAAACAGAACUUGCACGUAUUAUGGCAAAUUUACCUGAAACCUUUGAUGAUUUAACUUCACAUUGUAUUUUAUUCCCAGAAUCAAAGGCAAGUUUUCGUGAAUUAGGAGGUUUACAAAGACUUGUACAUUUUGUGGAUCGAUCUACUUCUACAUUUUACCGUUCUAAUGCGGCACAAACCAUUGCUAGCGUUAUAGAUGAUGCUGGUCGUGAUAUGUUUGUGGAUAUUGGUGGAUUGGAUGCUCUUACACGAUUACUACAAGUAAAGGAAGAACGAUGUAAAGAAGCGGCAUGUGUGGCUCUUGAAGCUGCUUGUCGUGGAUGUCUUAAAAAUAAAAUGAAACUUUCUCCUGUUGUAUAUGCAGAAUUAGUAGAAUUAAUCUACAAUUAUCCAAAUCAACAAGUUCAAGAAGCUGCUUGUACAGCUGUGGCUUCUAUAGUAGAUCUUUAUUCUGAUGCCAGACGUUACUUUGAACGACUUGAUAUUGUUCCUAAACUUCUUGAAACGAUUCGUAAUACACCAGAAGAAGUUGUCAAUCUUACAAAGUCAGCAACAAAUUGUGUGGGUCGUUUGGCUCAUGGUGAUCCAGAGAUGCAGCAAUUAAUUGCCUCUUUUGGAGGUAUUGAUUUAUUAAUUGAUGUUUUAUUUAGUCCAGCAGGAACCCGUGAUCAUCAGGUACCUAUUCUUGCCUCUUAUGCACUUGUAAACUUAUGUUGUAGUAAUGAACAGAAUCUUGAUAUUGCUCAAGAUAAUCCACGAUAUGGAGAAGUGAAAUUUCGAUUACUGGAGGGUCUUGCAAGGGCUUUUGGUAUUAAUACUGCUCGUGAAGGAUAUGGACGGGCAACCGCACAUGAACGGGAAUCACCCUUUCCUUAUCAUGGAGUAACGAUUGUGGAGAAAUGGUCAGCGACUUCUUCUGGUGGUCGUCCAAUAUUUUCAACUUUUAUGGAUAAUCCACAGUUUUAUUUAUAUGUAACAGAAACAACGGAUAUUGCUUUUAUGAUACAAGAUGUACUCUAUGAAUCUCGUAUGCUUAAAAAGAAAAAGAAUAAUACAGUUUAUAUGGGUAUUGCACUUUUUGAAGGAGAUCCAGAGCUUGCGAAAGCAGGUCUUAAACAAUUGGAUUUUCAUGGACGUAUGGUAGAAAUAGGAAAAUAUACUUCUAAUUGUGAAAAUGUUCUUCAUUGUACUUUACAACCAAGUGAAACCCCAUAUGUGGUGGUUCCUUUUACAAGUCAAAGAGGUCGACAAACAGAAUUUGCACUUUCCGCAUUUGCGGAUAAACCAAUUGAAUUAACAGCUGUUCCUGAACAAGUGGGUUGGGUACGUACCGUGAUAGAUGGAUGUUGGACAGAAUUUACAGGUCGUGGUGGAGAUGGAUUUGAAUGGAGAUGUAAUUCACAAAUUCGUGUUUUACCCAAAGAAGAUUGUCGGGUUGUAUUUGUACUUUCUUAUCUUUCUCUGGAUCGUCAACGGGUACAUUCACGAGAUGAAGAAGGUGAGGAACAAAAUAUGCGACCUCGAUUACAUGGAAGACUUUUUACUAAUUUUGCAGCAGAGAAACGUUAUCUUAAAGCACUUGUACCUUUACCACAAAAAUCUACUUUUGUGGCUAGUAACAGUUUUGCUAGUAAUAGUUAUAUUACUACAUCUGCAAACUUAAAAGCAGGAGAAGCUUAUGUCUAUAUUCCUUUUACAGAAACUCCAUAUGAAGAUACAUGGAGACUUUCUGUUUAUUGUGAUACAGAUGAUGUUUCCAUUGCCCCUGUUGAGGGAACUAAAGAUGAGUGGUAUUGUACAACAUCAUCGGGAACAUGGAAUGGUAAACCUGUUUCUGUACAAGUAGAAACAAAAGGAAAAAUGGUGGCUGUUGCUAGUAGUCCUGGUGCUUUUCUACGUGUACGAUUACUUAACGUAAAAGGAAAAAAAUUGGAAGGUAUAGAUGCUUAUUGGAAUGCUGAGGCUUCUGUAGAAUAUAAGAGUCAAGGACCUGUUGUAGUUCAAGUAGAAGGAAUGAUGCGAACUGAAAAAGGUCAAGAAGCGGCUCGAGAGUUAAAGUUUGAUAUAUUUGUAUUUACAGAGAAUAAAUGUACGGUUCAACAUGUGGAUUUCCCUGCCGCCCCAAGUAGUCUUCCACAUCCCACUAAAAGUACUUCAGAAGAUCUCUUAAAGUAUCCAGUUGAGGUUGUAGACGCCGAUGCCCCAUUUGCCACCAUUGAUCAAAGUGAAGAUGAGGAGGAUGACUUCCUCGAAGAAGAAGAUGAUGAUGCCGUGGAGAGAGAAGCUGAACUGCGGCAAACACUUGAAUUACGAAAUGAGGAAAAUGCACAAUUGAUGAAUCGUAUUGCGGAACAACAACGGGAAUUAAUGGAAUUACGACAUAUACAAGAAAAGAAUGCCGCCCUCAAUGCCACUUUAACAGAGUCUACCUCAAAGGAAACCAGCAAUGGGAAACGUAAAGAAAAGGACUCCCAACAACAUACACGCAGACAAUCCGUAAAACGUGGAGAUCGAGCCACAAGUGCACGGAGUACCGCAGCGGAGUCCACACCUUCCGCUGCUCCCGGUACGAAUAAUAAUAAUAAUAAUAAUAAUAAUAAUAAUAAUAACACAACUGCGAAUAAGAUGACUACUGGAGGAGAGACACAGGGUCGAUUGAGUGAAUUACCAACACGCACGAUGAAGGAGGCGAUAGAGUACACACUCAUUACACUGAACUCACUGGAGCGGCGUACAGAUCCCCCAACAGCGGAGGAGUGGCCGGAGUUAAAAAAUGAUUUACGGGAAUUACAGCGGCGAUUAUUUUUUUCACUUCAGAAGGAUUCCCCCGCAUAG